CCGCAGGUCACCAUCAUCAUCUCCUCCUCCUCCUCCUCCUCCUCCUCCUCACCCUUCCUCCCUCACUUGCCCGCGCGCCUCCACCUGAACAGGGACGCAUCUGGACCGGUCGGACCGAAGCGGGUCAGCAGGAUCCGUGCUCCGGGCCAGGACUACCGUGAUGCUGGGCUCGGUGAAGAUGGAAGGUCAUGAAGCUCCGGACUGGAGCGGAUACUACAGCGAAGAGGUGUACUCUCCGAUGGCAGGCAGUGGGAUGGGUUCUGGUCUCGGGAUGGCUUCCAUGUCAGGCUACAUGUCCAGCAACGGGACCACAUCUGGCUCCUUCAACAUGUCCUACAAUGGUACUGGUCUGAAUCCUUCCUCAGUAGGGGGGGUAGGAGGCUCAGCUCCGGCACCCAUGUCGAGUCUGGGGGGCGGGAUGGCUUCCAUGGGUGGGGCUUUGAGUCCAUCCGGUGUGGGCUCAGUGUCGGCUCAGCAGGCCUCCAUGGGCCUGAACCCCUAUGGGGGCAUGAGUCCCACCAUGAGCUCCAGCAUGGCCUUCAGUGGAGGUGGGCUGAACCGGACCCGGGACCAGAAAACGUUCAGAAGGAGCUACCCGCAUGCCAAGCCGCCCUACUCCUACAUUUCUCUCAUCACCAUGGCGAUCCAGCAGGCGCCCAGUAAGAUGCUGACUCUGAGUGAGAUCUACCAGUGGAUCAUGGACCUGUUCCCAUACUACCGGCAGAACCAGCAGCGCUGGCAGAACUCCAUCCGACACUCGCUCUCCUUCAACGACUGUUUUGUCAAAGUGUCUCGCUCGCCGGACAAACCAGGGAAGGGUUCCUACUGGACCCUGCACCCCGACUCUGGGAACAUGUUUGAGAACGGCUGCUACCUGCGGCGGCAGAAGAGGUUCAAGUGUGAGAAAAAGAUGUCGGUGAAGGGAGACGUCAGGAAGGACCAGAUGGUUUCUGGUGGAGGUCAGGGAUCCUCUCAUGCAGGGGAGUCCACCAAACCCAGUGGACUUCUGGAUUCUCCUGUGGCCUCCUCCAGCCAAGUGUCCUCCCACCCUGGUCUGGACCUCAGGGAGGGGGUUGGAGGGGUCUCAGACCUGAAGGUGUCCAGCUCUCAGUUACUGUCUUCAUUGUCCCUGCCCCCUCAUUCCCUGGCCCACGAGACCCCUUUGCACAUCAAAGGAGACCCCCACUAUUCCUUCAACCACCCGUUUUCUAUCAACAACCUCAUGUCGUCCUCAGAGCAGCAGCACAAACUGGACCUGAAGGCCUACGAGGCCCUUCAGAACUCUUCUUACAGCAGUGGGGGCAUGUCUGGUCUCUCAGGGAGGACCAUGGAGACGCUGGAGGCCUCGUACUACCAGGGGAUGUAUCCCAGACCCCUGCUGAACAGCUCGUCGUAGCUGCCCGGCCCAGACCUUCUGCAUGCAGCUGAACGGGACUCCUGCACUGUGACCAUUUUAUCAUGCUGACGUUUCAGUCUGAGCCAAUAAACACUGAUCCCAGGUCUGCGGUCUCCUCACACACAGAAACUGCUGAAAUGGAUUUAGAAUCCUGGAAAAGUAAACAGUCUUAAGGAAUGUCAAAGGUCACAUUCGAUUCCUGACAGCAGAGUCAGGUCAGACCCCCUAAAACCAAGACCUCAUGGUCCAUGACUGUUGGGAGACGCGUCCCUGUUGGACUCAGGUUCCGUUGAUCAUCUCGUUACAGAACGAUCGGGUUAUUUUUCAGCAGAAAAUUUGUCCGAAAGUGUCUGAAUUUUGUCCGGUUUCUUUCAGCAUCUGUCCUCCAGCUCCUCCAAAAGUCGUUUCACAUUUCUACGCUUUCUGACUCCUGGAAACCAAACUGAGACAGAUCCAGACAGGUUCUAGAUGGGUCCCAGAGCUGGACCCAGUGAGAGAAAAUUUGUCUUGAAUAUGAAAAUUCUCUAUUGAAUAUGUUCAAAAUUCCAGCCUCUUGACAGUGAGACCCUGAGACUCAUGAGAGCAAACCCUGGAGAACAUUUUCGUAUGUUCUGUAAAGUCUUUCUGUCUCCAACAGUCAUGCCCGGGUGAAAUCCUGGUUUUAGAACUCUGCUGAUGCUGCGGUUCUUGUCUGGAUUCUUCUACGAGGACCAGCUGACCCAACCAGUCUGACCUGGACUCUGUGGUCCUCUUCUUGAUCUGGUCAGGACAGUUUGGCAUCAGGGUCCUGGACCUGGGUCUGAGUCUGAAGUCGGGUUCAGAGAUGAAUGUUUUGAUUCUGUCAGCAGAUCUGAGUUCUGGAUCCUGAAGUAAAAACCUUGAACCUGAACUUGGUCCAGGAACUGGACCAUAGAGACCAGAUCAGAGGUCCCCUCAGCUCUGCUGUCAGUGCUUCAGGUCCAGAUCCAGGAUGUGUCGGUGGCAGCAGAACCGGUUCAUCCUGUGAUCGGACCUUUAACGGACCAGCUGAACAAUAGAUCUCUGACCCUGACCCAGAACUGGUUCUGUCCCGGUCAGGUUUGUUUACCUGAUGAUGUUGUCCUGGAAACGUUUACAGGGAUGGAUCACAGAAUCAUCAGGAAGACGAGGAUCUAAAUCUCCCACGACCUCGUCUGUCUCCCAGCUGACCUCUUGAAGGGUCAUGACCCCCAGUUUGACAAUCCCAUCGCUGGACCCCCC